AUGUAUACAAAAUGGAACUACAAUUAUUGGAGAACAAAGUUCAGUGAGACACUUGAUAAAUUUGGCCAACUUGAAGGGUUUUACGUCGAUUAUGAUGAUCAAAUGAUUUAUAUUUGUGACAGUUGGUUUAACCGUGUUGUUAAAUGGAAAUAUUAUUCAAAGAUAGGCGAACUUGCUGCAGGUGACAAUGGAAAUGGGAAUCAAAGUGAUCAGUUGAAUCAUCCGAUAGAUUUAAUUAUUGAUAAAGACAAUGAUUCUCUUAUCAUUUGCGAUAGAGACAAGAGACAAGUAGUAAGAUGGAAGAUAGGAGACACAAAUCGAACAAUAGUAGCAGGUGGAAAUGGACCAGGAAAUCAUUUCAAUCAACUCAAUCGUCCUAGUUAUCUCUUUGUUGAUCAAAAUCAUUCAGUUUAUAUAUCAGAUACAAGCAAUCAUCGUGUUAUGAAAUGGAUAAAAGAUGCAAAAGAAGAUAUUCUCGUUGCUGGUGGACAAGGUUCAGGAGCUGGACUCAAUCAAUUGACAUUUCCUCGGCGAGUGAUUGUCGAUCAAUUCGAUUCUGUCUACGUGGCUGACCGGCACAAUCAUAGAAUAAUACGGUGGGUGAAAGGAUCUGUAGAAGGCUCUGUUGUGGUUGGUGGGAAUGGACAAGGAAAGGAAUCAAAUCAACUUGAUACUCCUGAAGAUUUAUCGUUCGAUGAAGAAUAUAAUGUUUAUGUGAGCGAUGCUGAAAAUCGUCGUGUACAAACAUUUGCUGUGGAUUUAAAUUGA